UGACUGUGCUGCAAUAUCAAUACCUGCAGCAGCUUCAGCAGCUCACUCCGGACCGCUGCGCUGACUGCUCUCCCCUCACCCUGGUUCAUCCAAGUGACGCUCAGCAUGCGCCAUCUCCAUCCCGAUUGUUGGGUGAAAAAGUGGGCAGUUCAGGGUUUCAUAUCUGGCGUCACUUUCUCCCAACUCCCUCUUUUCUCCCCGAGCCUCUGAGUGUGCCGGUCCCAGCCACCGUUUACCUGCGCAGAGCAUCCAGAGCCGCUUUUCCCGUGACAGGACAGUCGCACUGCAGCACGCUGACAGGCGCUCACGGAAAAUACUCUUUACAGCAAAGAAGUGCAACCUGCAUCAGCUGAGAUGCUGCUGAGAGUCAUCCGACAUGUGCAGAUACUUCCACUUCUUUAUGCAGUCUGCCAUCUCACACUGGCCUUUCCCACCCAAACUCUACGGUACACAUACGAUGAGGUGGAGCAGCUCCACGUGAGCAUCCCCCACUCAGGACCAGUUGUUGCUCCACUGAGCAGCUCCAUUUCCAUCCCUUGUGUGGUGUCUCUGUCCCCCAUCUCCAACUCCACCUCCGCGACGCCUGUUGUACCGAGGGUCAAGUGGUCAGUCAUAUCAAGGGGGGUUGAAACGCAGAUCUUAGUGGUACGGGGUCACAAGGUGAAGGUCAAUGAAGCGUACCGAGACCGAGCGGCGUUGCUCAACUACACCUCCUUCCCUGAUGAUGCGUCACUUUGGUUGGGAGAUCUGCGCUCCAGCGACUCGGCUCACUACCGCUGCGAGGUGCAGCAGGGCCUGGAGGACGCCAGUGACCUCGUGGAGCUCAAGGUCAAAGGUGUUGUGUUCCACUACAGAGAUGCUUUGGGUCGGUAUGCCUUCACCUUCCAUCGGGCCCAGAGGGCUUGUGAGGCCAUCGGGGCACGAAUCGCCACCGCCGACCAGCUGCUUGCAUCUUAUUACGACGGAUAUGAGCAGUGUGACGGGGGCUGGCUCGCAGACCAGUCUGUCAGAUAUCCAAUCCAAGUGCCUCGUGAAGGCUGCUAUGGAGACAUGAAUGGGCAACCAGGAGUGAGAAACUAUGGGACAAUGGAUCCAGAUGAUCUGUUCGAUGUUUAUUGUUAUGUAGACGAAAUUAAUGGGGAGGUUUUCCAUGACUUCAUCCCACAGCAAUUAACAUUUAAUGAAGCGCAGUCGUACUGCAGAGCUGCAGGGGCAGAGCUGGCUACAACAGCACAGCUUUACUUGGCUUGGAGUGAAGGACUGGACCAUUGCAGCCCUGGCUGGCUGUCUGAUGGCAGCGUGCGGUACCCCAUCAUAACCCCAAGGGAACGCUGUGGGGGUACUCUGCCUGGCGUCAAAACUCUCUACCAAUUCAGCAACCAGACUGGCUUCCCAGAGCCAUCCAGCCUUCAUGAUGUUUACUGUUUCAAAGAAAACAGAAAUGCUUCCACUGACUCUCCGAUGGACUAUGUGGGCACAGAACCUGAAGACAUUGAACACAAUGUUGUUAUUCUUACGGAAAAAUAUCAAGAAAUUCAGUUGAACCAACUAGCAGAACAGGUGGAGCGAGAGGCCCAGAGCAUGCUUGAAUCAUUGCCUUAUUUUACUGUCUCUGUAACUACAGAAAGCCCGGUUGAUACACACCCAAUGCUGAUAUCAGACACAACAGAGUCUCCCCUCCACACAACCCCUGCACUACACGAGCCGCUCGACCAAACUUUAUCUCCCACAGAAAUGAGCUACAAUUCCCAGCAUCCUACAGCACUGAUGAGCAGCACUAUCACAGAAACCCACAAUUCAGCAGAGAACACAUCAUUUCUGCCCACUGAUUACAAUGAAACAUAUUCCAGCCAGAACUCGAGUCUCACCUUUCAGCAGUCUGAAAGACCCACAUUUGAGCCUGAGAUGCAGAACCAGACAGAGCCAGACACAAAUAUUGAAGUAAACACAGAGCCAUCUGGAACUCUGAAUGAUACCAAAGAAGUACAGCAGACCACCCUGUCUUUUAACAAAUCAGAACCCAACUACAGUGAGACCGACAGCAACCGUACUAAAGAGGACAGUUUAUUGGAGGCUACUACUUUAACCCUUAACCCCAUGGUUGAAGUGGAGCUGGAGGAGACCCGUGUAGACCCUGAGCAGAUGUUUCCCCCAACUGAGGCCUCAAAAGAAGAAGAAGAAGAGGCAACACUUCUUACACAAUUAUCCCAAACUACUGAAUCUACUCUGGAGGUGCUAACCUCAGUGUGGGCUCCUUUGGAUGGUUCUGGAGAUAUUUCUGAAGAAAGCAAACUCGAUAUGAGUCCAGCCAGUUUCAUCUCCACAUCAGAUUCCUCAACUUCUGGCUUCACCACUCACCUGUCUCCCAUUGCUUCUGCCAGCAGCACCCAUGCUGAACCUCAGACAGUGGUUCCACAUUUGACAGCCUCAUCUCAGUCACCCCUUUCUGACAAACUGGGCUUGGAUAUUCUUUCUACAGCCUCACAGCUGUGGGAGUCCCCCAACUCUAAACAGGAGGGAAGUGCAAGCUUAGAAAUUGAAGACACGCUCAGUUUGGAAAAUGAGGAUAAAAUGCUGCCCACAUCAAAAUCUGAAGACCUGCAAGUGUCUGGAGCAAGUUCAGUUACCACUCGCUCUCCAGACGUCUCAAACACUUCUCACUCAUCCACCAGUUCGCCCACAGCACUAUAUCUAACAUCAGGCUACAGAAUGUAUUUGGAUACUAUGACCGAUACUUAUGAAGAAGCAAGUGGUCAUGUACCUGAUACACUUAGGACCACCCUUCAAGAAGACAUAAAAUUUGCUCCAACCUUUGAAGGUGAAGUGUCUUUAACUCUUGAAGAGGAAGCCAACAUUUCCGUUUCUCUGGAAAAAGAAAUAAAAAUUUCCCCAACCCUUGCUCUUCAAAAAGAAGCAAAUGUUUCUUUAAAUUUUGAAGAAGAGAACAUUGUUUCUCCAACGGUUGAUUUUGAAGAAAAUGUUUCCUCAGCCCAUGAAAGUAAUGCUGUCCCAACUGCUGUUUUUAAAGAUGAAGAAGCUAAUAUUACGCCUACCUUUGAGUAUGAAGAAAAGAUAAAUGCUUCUUUAACCCUUAAAGAGGAAGCUGAUGUUCUCCCAACUACUGUCAUUGAAAAAGAACCUAAUCUUUCCUCAAACAUUAGCUUGCAAGAAAAGGCUAACACGUCCUCAGCUCUUGAAAAAGAAGCCAAUAUUUCUCCUACCUUUGAGUAUGAAGAAAAAGCCAACACCUCUUCAACCCUUGAAGAAGAAGCUAAUGUUUCUACUACCUUUGAGUAUGAAGAAAAGGCUAACACGUCCUCAGCUCGAGUCUUUGAACAAGCUAAUGUUGCUCCUUCCUUUGAGUAUGAAGAAAAGGCUAACGUGUCCUCAGCUCGAGUCUUUGAACAAGCUAAUGUUGCUCCUUCCUUUGAGUAUGAAGAAAAGGCUAACACUUCUUCAACCCAUGUCUAUGAACAAGCUAAUGUUAGCACAGCUCUUUUUACUGAGAAAGAAGCUGAUGUUUCCUCAGCCCUAGAAGAAGAUAGUGAUUUUUCCCAAACUGUUGUGCUUGAUGAAGACGAAGCCAACGUUAUCCCAAUCCGUGUCUUUGAAGAAGAGGCUACUGUUGCCCCGACCCUCGAAGAUGAAACUAAUGUUUCCCCGACAUCUCAAGAGAAAACUGAUGCCUCUGAGGACUUCGCCAUCUUUCCUUCCAGUUCUCAAACAUCCAAGUGGGAUCUGUUGACCAGCACAACUCAACCCCAAGAAUCUCGCAAUGAGUACAGCCAAAAAACCUCCACAGCAGCUUCAAGUUCUUCUCGAGGUACAAAGCCCACAAAGACGACCACUGUCGCCACCACAACCACAACCGCAGCUACCACCACCACCACCACACACCGGUCCAGACACACCUGGAGCCCAACCACCACCACCCCCAAAAUGUUGAUACCACCAGUGGGUCACGCUCUGGAAGAUGUUGACAUUACUUUCACCCAGCCGCCAACUCUGCUUAUCAUGCCCAAUGAGAGGGCAGCCGUAGGCGGUACUGGGAAAUCUUCAGAUGCCUGUUUGCUCAACCCCUGUCUUAACGGAGGCACCUGCACAGACAGAGGUGGUCACAUUAAAUGCCUCUGUUUGCCGACGUAUGAAGGAAACUUCUGUCAGGCCGACCGGGAGCGAUGUGAACCGGGCUGGGAUAAAUUUCACGGUUUCUGCUAUCGACACUUCAGCCAGCGUCUGAGCUGGGAGGCUGCAGAGCAGCAUUGCCGCAUGAUGGGAGCUCACCUGGUGUCCAUAAUAACCCCUGAAGAACAGGCUUACAUCAACAACAACUACAAGGAAUACCAGUGGACCGGUCUGAAUGACAAGACCAUUGAGGAUGAUUUCCACUGGUCUGAUGGGAACCCACUGCUUUAUGAGAAUUGGUACAGGGGUCAGCCAGACAGCUACUUUCUCUCCGGAGAGGACUGUGUGGUGAUGGUGUGGCACGAUAACGGACGCUGGAGCGAUGUGCCCUGCAACUAUCACCUUUCAUACACCUGCAAGAAAGGCACCUCCUCCUGUGGACCACCACCAAGGGUCAGAAAUGCCUCCAUAUAUGGAAAAGCUCGACAGACUUACGAGACCAACGCCGUGGUGCGCUAUCGAUGCGCAGAGGGCUUCCAGCAGAGGUUUAACCCCCUGAUCAGGUGUCUGUCUGGAGGGUUCUGGGAGAGGCCGCAGAUCCUCUGCUUGACUGAAGACGGGGGCCUGCCGUCAAUGACCGACAACGAUUUUGCUGCAGCCGAAGAUGAUUUUGAGGCCACUAAAGCGACGCUGCAGUACUGGGACAUCAGGUUCUAAAAGUCAGCCGUGCUCUUCUUGUCUUGCUUUCUCAAACUUUGUUACUGUAACGUGACAGGGUGUAAAGAAUCAGGUGCUUUUUACCAAUGAACCAAUCAAAACAGGAUAAAAAAAAAAACACAGACGCACAAAAAGACACAAAGCAAAACUUCCCACCAGCCAAUGAGAACAAGACUGAGUGCACAGGCAGGGAGAUGAAACGCCCUAUUUCUUGUCCUUUGUAAUAUUUUCUACCGUGUUUGGAUAAGUAUGCUUUAAAUAGUUAGCAAAAAAAAAAUCAAAAAUUCUCCCAGUGAUUACCUGUUAAAUCCCUUUGACUGAAAAGAAAUAAAUGUGUGAACUGUUUGUUAGCAGGUCAGCUCUAAAUCUAUUUUUUCUCAUUGUUAUAUCAAGAACCUUUUUAACAAAAUGGUGCUAAAGUCUUUGAGACAUUUGUAAAGUAUCCAGUAGAAAUGUUUUGCUGUUCUUUGUGUCGUCUUCCUUCUUUGUCAAAGAUUCCUAAAACUCCAAAGUGAACCUUCAACAAACGCUCAAUAAAUACUGUACAUAGAUUCCUUUUCAAAUGAUGUCCGCAUUUUCCAGAGAGAAACUUUUCGUGUCCGGCAGACGCAGUUUUGUUCGUCAGCUUUAUGUUGUAAUAAAGUUUUGUAGAACAGAGCAAAGAAUAAAGCUUUCUCCUAUUUCACCUUCAGUGCUGUGUGUAGACUUCAUGUCAUGUCAUGUAUUUUCUGCCAGUGUGUUACCUGAAACUACAGUCGUGAGAAAGGAAAAGUACACAUCUGUCAGUUCUGAGAUUGUCCGCAUCAGGACAUUAAAAGAAUCAUCUGGUCCUUAGCAGGUCUUAAAUUGAUUUAAAUACAACCUCAGAUGAACAUCGUCACAUGACAUAUUACAGUGUGUCAGUAUUUAUUUAAAAACUAAGCCAGAAUGCAGAAGUAGUCUGUGAACAUUGCAACACCUUAAAUCAUUCUGUUGGAGAUUUGUUGUUCUGCUCAAGGUCACUGUCCUGCUGCAUGACCCAGUUUGAGCUUUAUUUGUCAGACAGAUGGCCUCACAGUUUACUUUACAACACUGUGGUACACAGAGGAGCUCAUGGUCGACUCACUGAAUGCAAACAAGCCCAAAUCAUUAGCCCUCCACCACCGUGCUUCACAGUUAUUUGUCUGUCAUGGACUUUGAUUUAACAUGUUAAGUGAGGCCUUUGGGGAUUUUUUUCUUUUCUUGCACUAUCUGACCUUGGGUUGAAUUUUCUGAGACACCCACUGCAGCUAAGAUAUGAUUAUUUGUGUUAUUAUACACCAGUAAGAGUGUACUUGCAGUACAGGUGAACUUGGGGUGGGAUUUUUCACACGCUGAUUCUGUAUCUUGGCUCAGUAUUUGUUAAAUACAUAAUGUAAUGGUGAGCAAUUUCAUGUUUUUAGUUUCCUCGUUACCUCGAUUUUGACCUGUUGAGAAGAAGAUGAUUAAUGUUCUAAUUAAUGUUCUAACAUGUAAAACCUUUGAAAUGAACGAGGGUGUACUUUGUUUUUCAAAAUUGUAUAUCGGUUUUCUGCCACUGACACUCUGUUGUGUUUCUAUGUGAUUCCACUUUAGUAAGAUAUACUAUAGACUGUGUUUUUAAGGUUUUUUUUUUUUUUGUUAACAUAAGGAAACUCUGAGGAUAAUAUGGCUGCUCAUUCUUUAGAAAUAAAUCACCUUCAUAUUUGCAGCUUACUGAAUUGUGACCUGUUUCUCUUAUACCAUCACCAGAGAAAGAAAAAGAAAAAAUAUCAGUCAGUAAAUCAAAAACUGGAGACAAGUUUUAAACAGGUGAGACUGAAAUUUAAUUAGUGACACUAAUUUAUGAUACUACGCAAAUUCAUUCAUAAGCUAGACGAGUUUUCUUUAGA